CAGAUAAUGCAUCUGCAGGGUGGGAAUAGACAACAGUCAAAAAGUUUUUCUGCUGUCUUCUCUCUACUUGCGCGCCUUCAGUUGAGUUCAUUCAUAGCUGCAGUCAGAAUGGAGGAGAGCAAGCAGGAGCUGGAAAACCAGAAUGAGGAGGAAGGUGGAAUCCGCCGCCGUCUGAGAGACAGGGACCUUCUGAGGAAGAGAAAAGCUGAAGCAGAAGAGAAGGAAACUAACCAGUGGGUUUUGGGGGAGGAGAGCCAAAAGAAAAGAUCAAGAGCUGAGAGCAAGAGCAGGACAAAGAAGAGAGGGCGUCCGAGGAAGACCGAGCCUGCAGAGCUGUUAGCAGCUGCCCAGGAUGGGGCAGCUGGGACUCGGGAGGAUCCUGCUGUAGCGGUGGUGCCAGAACCUGCUGCGGUCAUCUCAGAUCAUAUAUCUAAAUAUCCAGAACCCUUUCAGGUUUUGGAACCACAAUCACCUCCAGCCCCGGAGUUUGAGUCUGUCCAGAGCUCAUUUUAUUUCAAGUCAGCAGCAGCAGCAGCAGUUUCGGCCCGCGAUCCUGAUGUCGUUUCAGCUCCGUCCCAAGACUUCAUCCCACCUGCAGCUCCUCCCCAGGUAGAGAUCCUCUACACGGAGUCACAAAGCAGGGAGACACAUGACCAGGUCCUGAUCCAAGACUUGGGUCCAGAUGACGAUGACGAUGAGGACACCUCUUCAUCACAAAACACAAGAGCAGAUGAAGGUUUAAACAAAACACUUUUGAUCAACAUGCCUGAACAAAAUAAAAUGUUCUCAGUUCCAACGCUGUCCUCUCCCCCUCUGCCUCAGGAAUACCUCCCCGGAAACUAAUCGUACAUUGUUCUUGAGUCGACUCUUCAGAUUGUUGCUUCAGUUCAGAACAUGCAAAGCUAGAUGAUGCCUUCAUGCUCAUGCGUUAUAUGUAGGUUUUUGGAUUGUGUGCCUUUUAUCAGGUAAAGAGAGAAAACACAUUGUGUCAAAGCAUUGCUUUGCUUAUGAGUUUAAACCAAACCCGUAGGGUUAUUUAUUCUGAGUUGUGCUUCAGUGCAAAAGCUUUAUGGAUUCCCAUUUUUGGAUAUUGCAUUUAGUAAACAGCAAAUUUCGCUUGCUUUAUAAGGAAUUUGUGAUUGUAGAAUAUUUUUUAUUGUGAAUUUUGUAAAAACAUUAAAAAAUUGACCGCUCACAU